CACAUUUUCUAAUAAAUCAGGUCCUUGGCGUAGUUGAAUUGACACAAAAUUCAAAACAAAACCAGACUUGUAUGAUGUGAUGAUUUAGCUCUGAUCUGUUCGGCUUGUUUUAGAAGUACGAAUUGCGGAGUGAUCCGCGCAGUUAGGUUUUCCUCACGGCUUGUUUGGCUGUCGGCACAUCCCAGUCAGCAGGAAUCGGACCUGGUAUUUUGUUACUUUCCAUUGAAAAUUUUCGCCGAAAUUAUCCGAAGAUCGCGACGAUCUGAUCCCGGGCCGCUCAUCCAGUAGCCUCAGACGAUGGGAAAUGCAGCCGCGGCCAGGAGGGGAGAUCCCGCCGACACUGCCACUGCAUCAAAGAAGUCAGACAUUCUAAGUAAGGCCAUAGGGAAAAUCUCUAAAGGCCAUGGUGAUGGCUCGUACUCAGACAGUGUGAAAGAGUUCCUUGCAAAAGCCAAAGAAGACUUCACCAAGAAAUGGGAGAGUCCAUCACAGAACACAGCGGCGCUGGAUGAAUUUGACCGGCUGAAGACGCUGGGAACGGGGUCGUUCGGCCGCGUCAUGUUGGUGCAACAUAAAGCCACGCAAAACUUCUACGCCAUGAAGAUACUUGACAAACAGAAGGUUGUAAAAUUGAAGCAGGUUGAGCACACGCUGAAUGAGAAGCGAAUCCUGCAGGCCAUUAGCUUCCCCUUCCUUGUUAGCUUAGAGUUCCACUUCAAGGACAACUCCAAUCUCUACAUGGUGCUGGAGUAUGUACCGGGUGGAGAGAUGUUCUCCCAUUUACGACGGAUAGGAAGAUUCAGUGAGCAGCACUCCAGGUUCUAUGCAGCCCAGAUUGUGCUGACGUUCGAGUACCUGCAUUCCUUGGACAUCAUCUACAGGGACUUGAAGCCAGAGAACUUACUUAUAGACCAGCUGGGCUACCUCAAGGUGACAGAUUUUGGGUUUGCGAAGCGGGUGAAAGGGAGAACGUGGACGCUGUGUGGAACACCUGAGUACCUGGCCCCAGAGAUUAUCCUCAGCAAGGGCUACAACAAGGCAGUAGACUGGUGGGCGCUGGGCGUGCUGGUGUAUGAAAUGGCGGCCGGGUAUCCUCCCUUCUUUGCCGACCAGCCCAUCCAGAUCUACGAGAAGAUUGUUUCAGGGAAGGUUCGCUUCCCGUCCCACUUCAGCUCGGACCUGAAGGACCUACUGCGGAACCUGCUGCAGGUGGACCUGACCAAGCGCUACGGCAACCUGAAGAACGCCGUCAACGACAUCAAGAACCACAAAUGGUUCCAGACCACGGACUGGAUCCUGGUCUACCAGCGGAAGGUCGAAGCUCCCUUCAUCCCCAAGUGCAAAGGUCCGGGGACUCCAGUAACUUUGAUGACUAUGAAGAGGAACCUCUCCGCAUCUCCGCAACAGAAAAGUGUGCAAAGGAGUUCCACGAUUUCUGAUGGGGCGCCAACGCGGUCGCAGAACAGGGGGGAACAAAACUGGCCAGAAGGUUCAACAACAACAACAACAACAACAACAACAACUCGCAGCCAUCUCUUAGUAGUAAACAUGAACGGCGGACUACGUAUCGUAGUGUUGCCCACCUUUUCAGUAUUGUUCGAGGCGAUUGUAAGGAAUUCUUGCCACCAUGUCAGAUGCUAACUACACCGUCGCACGUUCCCACGGUUUUCCUCCAAGAGUCCACACACCGCUGUCGUAGGACCUGCCGGGCCGGGUGAAACCGCAAGGCUGUCGCUUCUUUUCCCGACGUACGACGGCCGCACUUUUCCAUGGCAGCAGGACGUUAUUAUCGAUUCUAGUGAAAAGUGGAACAGGUCAACCCACUAGCGGGGUGUCAGAGCUCAAGUUUUAAGUCAGGGAGAUGAAACAAAAAAUCUUUGACUCAUUUCGGCUGUGUUUUCAUACUGUUUUCAAAGGUAGUAAGCAGGGAAGGGUGUUGUUAACCCUCUUUCUGCUGCCUAAACCUGUAACCAACACAGAUUUAGUGCCAUUUGGCUACUGCAGCAGAAAGGGGGUUAAAGUAGGAUAACUCAGCCAGAUACGUCUUGUUGUUACGCCAGUUUUCGAAGUGGUUGUUUGACUCGGCCCUCCCCAAAUUUAUCUAUGCUGAAGUUGAUGCAAUGUUGAGAAUAUGAAAACUAGUUAUCAUAAUCGGCUGUUCAUUAGUAGACCUCCUGUGCGAAGUUUACAACAACGAGACCAACAAUUUUCGCUCCAACUCCGAGAAACCGCUUCGAAAGCCGACAUAACCACGGUGCACCACAGGAGACCCUAAGAAGGGAUCCUUCCUGAUCUCCAAGCAGAUCCCACAAUGGCAUAAGAUAGUACCAAACUGGCCAAGGAGUGUAGGUGGCCAAAAGGUGUACAUUUGCCCCGGUAGCGAAACACACUCCUAAGCCGGCUUCACUCCUCUGCCAGCUUUUGAUACUAUCUUAUGCUACCGUAGGAUCUGCUUGGGGAUUAGAUCCUUCCCACGAAUUCUGACAUGCAUGUCCGUCUGCUGGCCAGUGGAACAUUGUUUCUUACCUUGUUAAAGUAAGCCACACACUGUCUUGUCCAUAAUUGACCGAUUGCCUCCUCUCUCUGUAAGCGUCCGGCCAAACCACCCUCUUAUGUCAGCCUCUUGAUUGUCCACUUCUUUUUAACUGUCCCCCUGCUGACCUGGCCAUCUGGUACCAAGUUUGUAUUGGUGACAGGGUUAAGCAACAGGGAGGAUGUUAAGCCGACAUUUUCUUAGAAAUUGGUUUUUCUUUCACAAGAAAGCAAAAGAUGCACAUAGUAUGGAAACUAAUCCUUUGUAAACUAAGAAAGGCCUACCACUGUUUCCCUUCCCAACACGUUGACAACCGCUAAAACCGAAAAAUUGGUUUGAGGCUCAAAAUUGGAGCGUUCAAUUGACAAAAACACUUUUCUUCUGGUAUCAGUAGUUGGAAAAGUUUAUUUUUGGAAGAUUCACCUUCAACUGUGAGCUAGCAAUUCCCCAUGGCGACCCUAAGCUCCCCCAUUGUUGUACAUUUGAAAAAUUCAAAGAGGAAUGUUCGUGGUUUCUUGAGGCUUACAGGUUGCGAAGGCAAGCAAAUGAUUAGUUUGAACGUAGAAAACAAUGUGCCUCCAUGUGUAGCAGUCAGUCCACACUGUUUUAUUCUUAGUGUCAUAUUUGAUUAUCAUAGAUUUGUGUACCUAUUCUUGUAUAUGGAGAAGAACAGACUUGUACAAUAAGUACCCAAGGGAAUAGGCUUCGAUUGUGUCAUUGUGCUAACUUUUCCCCCUGAGUUUAGGUGAGGUAGCGUAGCCUGUUUCUAAAUUUUGUGCGUUCCAGGAGAGUCUGUGCAAUUGGAAAGGCGUCUGUGUUGAAUUUUUAUUUUGUAGACCAUUUUUCUAGCUCUGUGUAGUGAGGAGGGGGUUCUAGUGUAGUAGUGUUCAUUUGUGCUCUGUAAUGUUUUGCAUAUGUAGAACUGGCAAGGCAAUGUUACUCCUGCAUUCCCGAAGGAAAAAUUGCGAAUUUUCACCACAAUGUCCUUAAAGUAAACAUUUGGGGAUUUUCCAUUUUUAUCAAGCCACAAAAAAACUUAACCAUUUGUCUUUUCCUUUUGGGAAUGGACUGAGCAUUCAUAGUUUGUACUUCACUCCAUAGCAUUGUUUUGUAUAUAUGGUGGGAAAAGAAGGUCCUCAGAUGUAAUGUAGCCAACCUCUGUUGCUAACCGUUCAGUAGUUUUCCUCCAAUUUUCUACAUCAGAGGUACGUGUAUUAAAGAAAGAUUUUGGAAUUCUUCUGGUUUUGAGGCAGAACCGUUACCUAAUCUGCAAUGUUGCCAAUUUCUCGUCAAAUGGCUGUGAUGGUAGAAUACUGACGUAGCACCUAGAGAGCCUUUUUUCUCUUCUGCACCUGCUUUCUUCCAGACCCGUAUUUUUGCACAAAGAAAUGAAAUUAUUAUGGUGGAUGUUGUAAAAAAAAAAAAUACGCAAAAACAAAUAAUACUUCCUGUUUGGUAGUAGCUAUUCUAAGAUGGCGUAACCUUAAGAAACAGUGGUAGUAGUGUUUGGAAUUAAGAUGGUAUAGGAAGAAAACAUCCCUUCUUUGUUUCCAGAAAGUAUUGUUUUUUUUUCUGGAAGUGUUGUUGCCCUGUUUGGGCACCAGUGAGACACAAAUUUGGAGGUGUGUUGCAGCAGCUACAUGUACUGAAGAGAGAAAGAGUAGUUGAACUGAGAUGUUUGAUCGUUGUUCGACGGUCCACUUACGUUGUUCAAAGUUCGACAGGUUAUGCUGAAGUAGACAAGGCUAUGCUAAAUAUACAUAUACAUAAAUAUAUAUAUAUAUAUAUAUCUGGUUUCUGUACUGUGCCCAUACUUCCGUUGGAGGGGUGUACUUGUUCCUUCCACUGUUGUUGCUGUUGUAAAAAUGUCUAGUUUUAGGCGUAAUCUUCCCAGAGUUUUUAUCAUAUAUCAAUGAUCCUGGAGAUAGAUUUUUGAACA